AUGCUCACUAUGCUAAAAUUAUCUCCGUUUCUGCGGGCUGUCGCUCUUCUCUCGACUGUCACUCUGUUGGCAUGCACUGAUUCUGUAAGUGCGUCGAAUGAAGUUUGGCCAGAUCACAACACGAGCGCUGCGAGUAAUCAAACGCAUGCGCAUGUGAAGAUAGGGUCACGACGAGAGGUGGAUGAAAACCAUGAUCAAUACGAGGAGAGGGUUUACGAUAUAGAUGAAGCGUUGAAGAUAAAGGAAUUUAUCGAGGAGUACUCCAAGAAGGUGAUGGAAUAUGCUGAUAUUGCUCUUAAACAUUGGGCUUCAACAGUCUACAACGACUUUCUAGGACGAUACGACGAUGUCAUGCGGGCCAAGCUGUUUAUUGAAGGACUCUCAUCUGAAGACGAAUCUGCGCAGCGCCUAACUAAAAUGCUUCGUAACGCCCAGUUUGAGAACUGGUAUGAAUCGGAUAUAUCACAUGAAGACCUCAGAGAACGUCUCAAGCUGAACCUUCAAGACAUCAAAACCUUCGACAACCCCGUCUGGAUGAUAUGGCACGAAUAUGUCAUAUGGAGAUAUAAACGCCAUAUGGCAAAAUGGAAAAUGCAAGGAAAUAUUAGGCCGUUUGAAAUGCUAGUCAGCGAUCACCAUGAUGACUUUAAUCUGUUAGUCGCACAAACAGAGGCGGCAAGUAAUCGAGCCGCCGCAGCCUUGGUGAAGUAUGAGCUGAUCGAAUUUGCGUCGCGCUUCGACAACAAUGAAGAAAUAUUGUCCAAGAAACUCAUGACCAAGACUUUAGGCACAAACUUUCAAUUAAAGGCCCCCACAGCCGUCAUGUUCUUGAUCGAGUGCUGUCCCAAUAUAACGUCGGAAAAUCUGCUGCGAUAUUUGCGGAAAUAUCUUUUUAGUGUCAUCUGUGGCGCUUCGGAUUUUGCCAUCCGCUGUGCCCUGCAAGCAGAUGCUUAG